AAGUUUGAAGACCCCUGUUCUAGAUAAACACACUUGCACUCUACGUAUAUAUGACUGUAUUCUAGAAUGAAUUGGUCAGCUUACAGUACAAUGUACAGUAUAAUAAAGUGCAGUAGGUUGAAUGCUGAAAGUUGCCUGUUUCAUUAGGAAACCAAAGGGGUCACUUCACAUAUUGGGGUGACACCUGUUGAACCUCUACCUGUCCCAUAGACCUAGCAGACACAGGGUCCAACGCUGCCCCCGCCAGAAGGCCCUGGGGAACGGAGACUGAUGGUUGUAACUCCUUGCUGGGGUGAGAAAGCAGCCUUGCUUCUUCCAAAAGUGAUGGCUGUACACAGGUCCAGGUAGUAAUAAUAAAAGAACUUGUAAGGGACCUUGGAGGUCAUCGAGUCCAACCCCCUGCUCAGGCAGGAAACCCUAUGCCAUUUCAGACAAACGGCUGUCCAGUCUCUUCUUAAAAACUUCAAGUGUUGGAGCAUUCACUGCUUCUGGAGGCAGGUUGUGCCACUGGUUAAUAGUCCUCGAGUUAUGACACCAGAUGAGUCCAAAAUUUCCACUGCUAAAGGAAACAUUUCUUAAGUUUCUUUGCCCGAUUUUACGACUUGUCUUGCCACAGUUGUUAAGUGAAUCAUUGCAUUUGUUAAAUUAGUGACACGCUUGUUAAGUGAAUCCCAUUGACUUUGCUUGUCAGAAGGGCACAAAAAAAGGGUGAUCUCAUGAUCAUUGGGACACUGUGACCGUCAUAAAUACAAACCAGUGUGCCAAGCAUCUGACUAUUUGAUCACGUGACUGUGAGGAUGUUGCCAGUCGAGUGACAAACGGUCGUAAGUCACUUCACACACAAACACACACACACACUGCUCUUGUUACUUCGAACGGUCACUAAACGAACUGUUAAGUCUUGUAUUCCGUGUGAACGGUGAGCGCACGCUGCCAAGUCCCAGGUUCCUUUGCCUUGAGAAAGCUAACCUUGCGGACCGUUGGAAACGGCGCUUAAUCCGGUGUCAAGCCGAGUUCCUCUCCGCCCUCGCCGGAUCGCCAGCGAAGGAAACUCGACUUUUACUUUGCAGCAAAGCCCGGCUCGCUGCUGCAAGGCGCUCGCGGAGAGCCCUUGUCAGCCGCGAGGCCCCCGCCCCGCCUGUCGCCGCGAGGGAUCCUGGGAAACGCAGUCCGCGAAGGGCCCGAAAGACCGCCCGCCCGAGACCCGCCGCCGGCGGAGGCGAACUACAACUCCCAGCGAUCCCCGGGAAGAGGAAGCCAAUGAAGCGUCCAACCGGUCUCAAGUUUGCCCUGUAGCCGUUCCUCCCCGAAGGAAUGGCGAGGGCCGGGGCCGAGCAGCUGCCUUGAGGGGCCACCUUUCGCCUGGCUUUUUCUUCCCCUCUCUUGUUGCCUCGACGUCCCUCUCGUCCGCCUUUCUCCAAAGAAAGGCCUUCCCGGCCUGGAAACCACCCCCCCACACACCCGGAGUGGCCUCGUUUUUUGCGGUAGAUCGAAACAAUCUCACCAUGAAUGCUGGAAUUGACAAGACUGCGGAGGAGGACCAAAUGCAAGACAGGCUCGUAAACCUUAGCAAAGAAAGAGAGAACGAGGGACAGGAUUGUCAGGAGGUGAAAGACAGCGAGAAAAAGAUAACAGAAGAUAACAAGAAUCGGGGCUCUCCACCGCCCAAGGAUGAUCUACAGGUGCAGCCUGAUUCGGAAAUGAUUGACCUGAGCAACAUGAAAGAAGAUGAAGAGGAAGAGGACAGCAGUGAGGAGAUAGUGGAGUCUGGAAAUAUUGGGAGCAGAGAGGACGACGAGCCGCUGGCUGGGAGACUGGAGGAGAUCAAGCAGAGAUACGGCAGUUUGUGUCAGAACAGCACCGUUUUCCAAGAAAUGAUACUGCGGCUCAAAGCCGGAUGGAGGAACCAAAAUAAGGAACGGGACGGUUUGCCUGGGGGCUCGGAGCGCCUGCAGCUGAACAGGAUGAUGUGGGGCGGAGACGAGGUCAGCUUUACCCCCAGCGUUGGGGGCCAGUUGGGCGCCCCGGACAGCCCCUCGAGGACGGUGGAUUGUCUGCUGGAAGCCAGGGCCCCCAUUUCGAUCCCGUUCGGCGGGGGCUUCUUCGACUUCAGCGAGUUUGCAGUCCAGGAGAGCUUCCUCCAGAAGAAAGGCCAGGAGCUCUCCAAAACGUUUGGGCCAAGCCUGAGGAGCGCCAGCGUGGCGGAGCUCCGGACUCAGGAGAAGUCCCCGCCGGCGGAGAAACCCUACAAAUGCAACGAGUGCGGGAAGAGCUUUGGCAAACGCUCCACCCUGAACACCCACGGCCGGACCCACACGGGGGAGAAGCCCUUCAAGUGCUCGCACUGCGACAAGCGCUUCAGCCAGAGCUCCCACCUGCAGCUGCACGAGCGGACCCACACGGGCGAGAAGCCCUACAAGUGCCUGCUGUGCGAGAAGAGCUACAACCAGCGGUCCAGCCUCAUCAUCCACGAGCGCAGCCACACGGGCGAGAAGCCCUACUCCUGCCUGGAGUGCGGGAAGAGCUUCAGCCAAAAGGCCACCCUGGUCCUCCACGAGAAGAGCCACCGGGGGGAGAAGCCCUACAAGUGCCUGGAGUGCGGCAAGGGCUUCAGCCUGAGCGCCGACCUCAUCCGCCACCAAAGCAUCCACACCGGGGAGAAGCCCUACACCUGCUCCGAGUGCGGGAAGAGCUUCAGCCAAAACUCCCACCUCAUGGCCCACAUCCGGACCCACACGGGCGAGAAGCCCCACAAGUGCCUGGAGUGCGGCAAGGGCUUCAACUGGAGCUCGGAGCUGAUCGCCCACGAGCGGACCCACACCGGCGAGAAGCCCUACCAGUGCCUCUACUGCGCCAAGAGCUUCAGCGUCCGCUCCAGCCUCAGCAAGCACGAGCGGACGCACACCGGCGAGAAGCCCUACGUCUGCCCCCAGUGCGGGAAGGCCUUCAUCCAGCGCUCCAGCCUGGUGGCGCACGAGCGCUCCCACACCGGCGAGCGGCCCUACAUGUGCCUGGGCUGCGGCAAGGGCUUCCGGGAAAGCUCGCAGCUCAUCGCCCACGAGCGGACCCACACCGGCGAGAAGCCCUAUGUCUGCUCGGAGUGCGGCAGCUGCUUCAAAGCCAAGGCCGCCCUCCUCCGGCAUCAGCGCGGCCACUUGGGGCUGAACUCCUUCAUCUGCGCCGACUGCGGGAAGAUUUUCUCCUCGGCCGCCGAGAGCCCGGAGAAGUGUCCCGAGUGCGUGAAUCUGAACCUGACGCCGGGCCUCCCGCGGGCAUCGGAAGAGGCCGAUCGGGAAACGGCCGAAGGAGCGGGACAGAGCGGCGACGCCAAGAUGUGAACGGACGAGGCCGUCUGGGCCUCGGGUUCUGCUUUUUUUUUCGCCGGUCAUCGUCGGCUUCUUCUUUUGACGGAGCGGAUCCUGCAAAGGGGACUGUUCCUGCGGCCGACAGAGGACGGGUUUCGCUGACCAAAGGUGACUGUGGGCAACUGAAUGCCUUCCCCCCAGAUGGGAUGGCCAUCGCGGUUUUGGUUCCUGUUGCCAAACCAGGCCCGUUUCAGACCCUUGGGAGGGGAACUGGAAAUGCAGAGAGGACCACAGAAUCGGGUGGAUACGAAAACGAAAGAGAAUGCCUGAAUUUUUCGUAUCGUCCUUCAUUACCCAGUGCCUAGAAUGCAGUUCCUGAUCAACUGGAGAGUUGGGUCUGUAGUAGAGGAACCACGGGACGCGUCUUUGAGGCUCUUCUUUGGUCCAGUGCCCCCUCGUUGCCUGUCGUCGGUUUCACAAAGAGUUUUAAAUGAAUUUUGCUCAGCUUUUUGACGGAUUUGAGCUGCAACGAACGUUUAUCUCAUGAAGUCCCACUGGAUGCACGUGAGACACUUGGAACUGAGCUGGCCUUUGAUUCCGGCUUGAGCCAGCCUGCCUAAGUGCUGAGCCCUUUUUGCCUUGCAUUGGAAAAUAGCAGCACAGCGGGAAAGAAACAGGAGGGGACAUUAAUAGGGGACCUUGAGCAAUGAAUUCGAUUCCUGUCUCAUUUCACAUUUGCUUUCGGUAACAAGCUCAGCCGACUAGGUUUUUAUUAUUUAUUUGAUGGCUAGAUAGAAGUUUGAACUUUCUCCCUUUGGAUGAAGUGAAGGUGAUUUGGUAGGACAUCCCAGUUAUCGUGGGAAACAUCCAGUUCCAAGAUGGCUGGAACCAGAGGCAGCUUUCCAGACGGGCACUCCAUAAAGAGGGAUUGUAGGAAAACACAGGCCUGAAGACAAAUCUUUUUCAAGAAAGGCGUUCCAGGUACAUCAAGAAGGUGUGGUACAAUCCUAAAAAAAAAAAAAACAAACAAAAAAAAAACUCUGUUGCCAGAGAGGCAAAAACGAAAUUUUAACAGUUUUGCACUUAACUCCCUGAAAGUGGAAAGCUAGUAGCUCAGGGGGCAAGUACAAGGCUAUCUCUUGUACUGCUUGCAGUGAACCUGUUCCAUAAACAAACCUAUUUAGGCAGUAUUUUUCUUCACGUUUAUUCCUACAGCAGCGUGUAGGAACUUUAAGGUGGUGGACUUGAAGCCCCAGAAUUCCUAAGCCAGCCAGGUUGGCUGAGGAAUUCUGGGGCUUGGAAGUCCACUCGUCUUAAAGUUGCCAAAGUUAAAAAAAAAAAAAACCCCACCA